AUGUUACCUGUUGUACUCAUCGUCAUCUCCCUUGUGAGAGUUCUCAUCGCCAGGCCCUCCAUGGACUACUUGGAAAAUCACUUUAAUUUGGCGAACGAGCCUAAAGAGGUUCGCUCUAAGGCUAUCAAGCAACUUUUGGAAGUGUUUGGGAUGGAGGACCCUCCUCUAACCAGAGGCCACAAACAACCACCACAGUACAUGUUGGACUUGUACAACACGGUGGCGGAUGUGGACGGGGUCACCAAGGACCCACAUCUUCUCGAGGGAAACACGGUUCGCAGUUUCUUCGACAAACUACGCAGUGAACAAGUUGAAUACAUGUUUAAUUUAUCAACGGUGGCUAAGAGCGAAAAGAUCCUCACUGCAGAACUUCAUCUUUUCAAACUAAGACCUCAAGUGUCAGUGACUUUCAACAGGCAUCAUUACUGCCAGGUCAGUGUCUACCAGCUUCUGGAUGGUGACAAAAUGAAUGUCUCUCAGGGAAAGAAGCUGCUGUCCUCACGUCUCAUUCCUGUGCACUCCAAUGGAUGGGAGGUGUUUACCAUCACCCAAGCAGUCCGCUCCUGGAUGUCAGAUAAAAGCAGCAACUUGGGGCUGUUGGUGACUGUGAAAACCCUAGCAGGCAGCCAGAUGGACAACAGCAUACUGAAGUUUGCCUCUGGACGUAACCACCACCAUAGCAAGCAGCCCAUGCUGGUCUUAUUCACCGAUGACGGACGACGCACUGCCAGUCCUGAGAGCAACACCAAGGCUUCUGUGCCCCUCACAGUGCCCAUGCUGCCCAUGCUCGGGGCAGGCAGGCGCAGCGCCCGCUCUCUGGACUACGACGAGAAUGGUGAUAGGAUGUCUUGCCAACGCCAGCCGCUCUAUGUGGACUUCGAGGAGAUUGGCUGGUCUGGCUGGAUCGUGUCGCCACGCGGCUACAACGCCUACCACUGCAAGGGCUCCUGUCCCUUCCCGCUGGGCCAGAACAUGCGGCCCACCAACCACGCCACUGUCCAGUCCAUCAUCAACGCCCUGAAGCUCACCAAGGGCAUCGACACACCCUGCUGUGUGCCAGACAAGCUCUACUCCAUCAACCUGCUCUACUUCGAUGACGAUGAGAAUGUGGUGCUGAAGCAGUAUGACGACAUGGUGGCCGGGAGCUGUGGCUGCCACUGA